AGUGAGCAGGCGUCCUGGUGUGUUUUGAUUUGUCGGCGGUUCAAUUUGUAUUUAUAUCGCUGGUUUACGCUUGCACGCGUAUUUGACGCGCCUAAUUUUGAGAAUUAAUAUGACCCUCCGAUAGUGUCAUCUGCCUGAUGGCAAUUCACGUGCUGUCUUACGUGAAAAUGGAUACAAUUUUGAAGCGGUUCUUGUGUUUUGUAACCGGUUUAUUGUGUAUUGCGACAUUAACACAUGGGCAAGACAGCUAUUACUUUCAACCUCACCCUCAGGACAAAGAUGUCAGAAAAGGCCAGAGUGUGACUUUGGAAUGUGGAGUCUCUAACAACAAGCACGUCAUAUUUUACUGGACAUUAAACGGAGAUCCUGUUUCGAACACCUCUCGUAGAUAUCAAGAUGGCAGCAACCUGCACAUUACGAGAGUGGAUCCUUCAAAGGACAUCGGAGAAUUUAAAUGCAUUGCGACGAAUGUGACAACUGGGAUAUCUCUGGCUAGCCAAGGAGCUCAGCUCAAUAUUUUAUGGAUUGGCGACCAAGCUCGGGUAGUUCUGCAAAGCCCCGACACACCAGAGGAGUUGGCGGAAAAGGGCGAGAUGGUCCUGCGGUGCAAAGUGGAAGGAAGCUCUGAGGUGCGCUUUGAGUGGUUUCAUAAUGGCCUGCGAAUGUUUAGGAAUGAACGCAUCUCCUUCCGGAAUAAACGCUUGCAAGUGGCAUCCCUGUCGCCGGCCGACAAUGGCAUUUAUUCCUGCAGAGCGGUCAGCGAAGUUGGCAUAGUAGACAGCACUGAUAAUUUUGCCCUCACGUUACCCAGUGAUACUGCUGCACAUAUCCAAGUCCUCCCUAAAGAUAUCAUUGCAGUUAAGAAUGGCUCAGCAGUAUUUGAUUGUGUUUUUGAAAAAGCUGCUGCCGUGGAAUGGUAUGCUCAAACCAGUGAUGUACCUUUGACCAACAAUUCUAGGUUUACAGUUUUUCCAAAUGGAUCUCUAAGUAUAUCUGGAAUUUUAAAUAGUGAUGAGGGAAUAUAUAAAUGUGUUGGAAUUAGUGACAUCAGUAAAGAAGCUCCCCAACAAAUUUAUGCUGCACGUCUGAAACUGGCUUAUAUUGAACCAUUUGAUGAUAGUCCAUUUGAACCUCCAAUCAGUCCAGAUGAGCUGAAAGUAGUUGCUUUAGGGAGUCAGUUUGAAGUGACAUGUGUAAAGCCCGCUGGUCGACCCAAAGUAAAAAUUUGGUGGGAAGAUCCUUCUGGUCAUGUCAUCAGUGAUACCGGACGAAUCCGUGUUGAUGACUCCCAGCUAAUAGUAGAUGGUGCUAAAAAGACUGAUACAGGAAAUUAUACUUGCAAUGCUGAAAAUAUUGCUGGACAAGAAAGAACAUCUCUAUAUUUUUAUGUUGCUUCUGCACCAACUAUCACUGAACAUCCUGCUGGCUUAGUAACUGAAGAGGGUGAUUCGGCUACUUUUACUUGUGAAUUUAAUGGAAGCCCUUAUCCUGUAACACUUGUGCGAUGGUUAAAAGAGACAAAAUCACACAGAGAAAGAGUUGGAUAUCCAAAUGUCUUCCCUCACAAUGGCACCUUAUUGAUUCAUAAAGUAGCAAUGUCUGAUGCUGGAGAUUACAUGUGUGAAGUAGUAACUAGUGGAUUCCCACCAGUUAUAUCAGAAAAAGCCAAACUGGUAGUGAAAGAACAAUUAAAAUUCGUUCCACCUCCUGUUAGUACUCGUUUGGAAUUGGGAUCAGUUGCUAAAGUUUAUUGCAAAGCCAGAGGUAGCUCUCCUCCUGUAGUUCGAUGGAAAAAAGUAGGUCAGCCAUUUUUUGACUGGCCCCCUCAUAUUCAAGAUGACAAUGGGACGCUAACUUUCAAAGGUGUCACUAAUGAUGAUUCUGGAAAAUACAUAUGUGUUGCUACAAGUUCUCAGGGAAUCAUUAAUGCUACCAUCAAUAUUGAUGUUGUAGUCAUGCCAAAGUUUAUUGUGGAGCCUGUAGAUACUCAAGCAUAUGAGGGCUAUUCAACAAUGCUUCAUUGUCAAGCCAUAGGAGAUCCAAUGCCUGCUGUUCAAUGGGAUAAAAAUAAUAUUAUGGAUAAUUUUGACCCUAACAGAUUUCAUGUUAUGGAAAAUGGUACAUUGUAUGUAUCUGAAGUACAUAUGGAAGAUGAGGGGAAAUAUGGAUGCACUGUUGGCAACAGUGGAGGUUUCAAAAGAGCAGAAGUAAAUUUGAAUGUUAAAAGUGCUGAAUACUAUAGCCCUAGUAAUGCUGGCAGAGGUUUUGAGAGUGGUGAAGAAAAUACUAUGUCAAAAACAGUUGGUGUUACACUGGGUGCUGCAGGACUUUACAUGGGACUUGUUAUUGGUUUGAUGGUUUUUUGUCGCAUGAGAAGAGCAAGAAAAAAGGCCCGUCUAUUGGCUGAAGCUACAGCAGAAGUAGCUAAAAGUGAAAAUGGAACUCUUCCUAAUGAUACUGAAAUGAAUCCAAUUGUAACCAAGCCACUAAAGGAUGGAAGCACCACUAGAAGUGACAAUGAAGCUCCAUCUCAUAGCUCUGGCUCUCAUUAUUCAAAAAAAAGUCGUUCUUCAUAUGACAAAGCUCAUUUUCCUAGACAAGAGUUACAGACAAUGAUGUUAUUAGGUCAUGGCGAUUACGGUGAAGUAUUUCUGGCUAAAGCAAAAGGAAUCAUAGAUCCUGAUACAGAAAUGAUAGUUAUGGUGAAAGCAUUACAAACAAGGGAUGAAAAUGCUCAUUUUGAAUUCAAGCGAGAAAUGGAUAUGUUAAACAAGCUUCGGCAUGAAAAUAUCACAAAAUUAUAUGGAAUAUGCAGAGAAACUGAACCAUUUUUAUUUAUAACUGAAUAUAGUGAUUGGGGAGAUCUAAAACAGUUUUUACUUGCUACACGCCGAGACAAUACAAGAAAAGGCCCCAAACCUCCACCUUUGAAUGUGCCACAGAUACUUGGAGUAUGCCAUCAAAUAGCUACUGGCAUGGAAUACCUUGCCAAUCAACGUUUCACUCAUAAAGACUUGGCAACUAGAAACUGCUUAGUUACUUCAAGAUUAAAUAUAAAAAUCAGUUUUCCAAGUUUAUCUCGUGAUACCUAUGCAGAUGAAUAUUUCCUUUAUAGAAACAGAACUCUCCCACUAAGAUGGGCACCUUCUGAAGCAAUAAUUGAAGAUGAGUGGUCAACAAAAAGUGAUGUGUGGUCAUUUGCAGUUGUUGCUUGGGAACUAUUUACUCAAGCGGAACUGCCUUUUGCUGAGCAUUCAAAUGAAACAGUUUUGAGACUGUUGAGCAACAGUGAAUUGAGGUGGAAACCACCUGCUGGUGCACCAUCAGUAUUAUGUUCUUUGCUCUUAACUUGUUGGAGCAUAAGUGCCAGAGACCGUCCAACGUUCACUGAUGUAGUUCACAAACUAGGUCAAGUCACUGUUGACAGUCAUUUAUAGUUUUUAAUAUUUUGUUGUAUUAUUGUACAAAAGAAAAUAUGCAUUUUGUUUUUUAAAGCAGUUAUGGUUGUAGAUUUUUCAGGCUGAUUUUAAAGUAACAAGACAAGGCUUGAAAAAAAUCAAAGGUUUUUAGGCUGAUGACUGGAAAUUCUGUUUAAGAAAAAUGCAAAAUUUCAUUGACAUUAUUUGAAAAUUUUUUUAAUCUUUCAGAUGUCUGUUUUAUUAUGUCAUUGAAUUUCUAUGAAAUCAAAAAAAGGAGAAAAAUGUAAAUUUACUGUUAUACUGAUUUCUGAAGACUCAUGAAUUAAACAUGUAUAACAAAAAUAUUUUUUAUUGUUUUGAAAAAUGGAGGAAUUAUUAUUGGAUAUUGUAAGAAUUCAUUAUCCUGGUGAAUUCAAUUUGAAUUUUUAAAUAUGUCGAAUUAUAAAGAAAUUAUUUACUCCCAAUCAUUUUAUUUCAUCUUAGAAACAAGAUUUUAUGUUAUUGUGGAUUUGACUAGAUACUAUUAUGGAUUAAUAACUUAAAUGGCAUAAGUGUCAGCUGGAAUGUAGGAAGGAUGGAGGGCUAGAACAUUUUUCAUCGUAUUUAAGUUUCACAAAAUAUAAUUCAUAGUUUAAACCAAAACUUUGUGGAUGUCUUCAAUUGACUAAAAUUAAUGUAACUAAGUUUUUAAGGGCAAAAACAAUUGUCAUUUUAAUAAGUUGUUUCUUUCCUUUUGCUCUAUUAUUGCCAUAAAUAAUUAUUAAAAAGCAUUUUCUGGUUUUAAUUGAAUUAAACACCAAUGUGGUUUUUUCCAGUAUAAUAUUUUAAUGGAUGGUAUUUAUGAAUAUUUUUAAAAGCAUGCAGAUUUGUACAUUUCUGACUUUCUGAAGUUAAAUAAUUAUAUGAUCAUAGAUUCCCCUCCCCUUCUGCAUAGUCAAGAAUAGUACAAAUAAUAAAAUCAAUUGUUUUCAUUUGUUUGUGAACUUUCCUAGAGAAUAUGUGCUUUUGUUGCAAUGCACUUACUUUACACCUCUUGCGUAAUUUUAUGUCAUUCUGUUUGAUUUUCAAAUUAUCAUUCCAUUUAUUUUUAUUUAUUUUUUAAAGGCAUUUAGCAAUAUAAUGUUAAGAGACUACUAGUUUACUUUAUCUACGGUUUUUGAACAGAUUUUUACCUAUUUAUAAACUUCAUUUUUUUAUAAUUCUUUAAUUUUUUUUCCUUCCUUUUAAUUAAUUUGCAUUUAUAAAACGAAUUGAAGUUGGUAAUUUCGUUUUUGCAAGAAUUUGAGGAUUAUAUAAUAUCAUUCUUGAGAAAUAUUUUCAGCUAAAAAUGAAUGAGGCUAAAAAAAAAAAAAAAAAAAAUCCAUAAUGAAUGAAAAAAUUAUGCACACAGAUUAUUCAUGACUUAUUGUAAAUAUGGCAUAUAUUUUCAAGUGAUCAAUUAAUUCUAAUGUUCAGAUGAUGCUUUAAAUUAAUUGUGAUAGUUCAUAUAUAAUUUGGAUCUUCAUUAAUGUUUUUUUUUUUCAGAGCAUUUAAAACUUAUUUUUAUACUCUCAUAUUGAAGCAUUAGCAUAAAGGCCUUAAAAAUAUAAAGUAUUUUUUUUAAAGCUUUAAAGUUUUUUCAAUUUUAAUUAAAAUGCAAGAACAGUAAAUAGAUUUCUUUCUCUUUUUUAAAAUAACAAAAAAGGACACUUUUUUGUGAUUUUUUUUUUAAUAAUUUAAGAAUAAUUAUGAAUGAAAAUUUUUUAUUUAAAUUCUGGAAACUUUGUAAAUUUAUAAUGCUCAGAUAAUAUAUCGAAUGUAUAUAUUAUAGCUACAUAGCUUCAAAUUGCUCUUAUAAGAGCUUAUCAAAUUGCAUACAAGUUUGUAAAUAAUUUAUAUAUUAUUUUAUGUCUUUGUGUUUAUAUUUUUUUCCCCCUUCCUGAAUAUUUCUGCAAUUGCAUUUUAAAAUCAUAGAACUUGUAAUUUCAAGAGUAAUAUUUCUAAUUAUUUUGAUAUAUUAGUGCAAUAAAUUGUAUUGUGUAAUGUAGUAAAUAUAUUUGGCAUGUGGAAUAUAGAAUUAGUAGUUAAAAUGAGAAAUUUUGAAACAUUUCCAAAAUUGGAAACAUGUUUGCAAUAUUGGUGAUUUACCUUCACAUAUAACUUUAAAACAUUGUUUGAAUCAUUCAUGUGCUCCAUGACUUAAAAAUAUUUGUGUUUUACGUAGAAAUUAUAUUUGUAUCAUUUUUAUAAAUACUUAAACUCAUUUUGUAAUUGUGUAUUAUAAGACUUACAAUAUUUUGUCGAGAUUUUAGAAAUGACAGUUUAACUAUUCUAAUAACUGUGAUUUAACAGCUCAGUUUAUUACUUUUUCUUUCUUAAUAUUGCUACAAUUUUUAAGUAUUUAAAACAUUAAAAAACUGAUUUUUUUUUUAAAAAAAUGUUAUGACUGCUUAUAUAUUAGAAUUGCAAGUUAUUGCCUAAAGUGACUUAUAUAAAGAACAUAUUCUAAUAACUUUUAUGAAUUUAGAGAUUUUUUUUUAAUUACAAAUGGUGCAUAAACCAACUUAGUGUUUUCUAUUCAUGUUUGUAAAUAGUCACUUUUUCUUAUUUAUUGAUAGUUAAAAACUUUGUGCAACUGAUUGUAUUAAAAAUGAGAGAUGAUUUCUCACUAGUCAUGUA